ACGCUUGGUAUCAGGAUGACACAGCACUCUUUGGGUUUAUAUAUACGUGUUGUACGACCCUUCAAGAACCACUGGGUCUGGAGACUGCAUUCUGAGGACAGGUCCAUCUCGCAGAGGAGUGAAAGAAUUGUCAUCAUGAUGUUGUCAAAGGUAUGGAAGCUAUCACGACGCCCUGUGGGGCUGCCAACGAUUAAAGACUUCACUUUGGUUGAGGAGCAGGUACCGCCAUGUCAGGCAGGAGACGUAAUUGUACAGGCAGAAUGUCUUAGCGUUGAUCCAUACAUGAGGAAUAAGGCUAAGAUUUUACCUCUCGGUUCCACUAUGGAUGGCGGCCAAGUUGCACGCGUCAUAGAGAGCAAGAACGCCGAAUGGCCCGUCGGUUCUUUCAUGGUCACGCAAGCCGGGUGGCGCUGCACCACCCACUUAUCACUGGAGAAGCUGCAGACGACGGACUUUUGGCAGAAAUCCCUCCAGCUGCCUGACAUGAAAGGUCUACCCAUGAGUCUCGGCCUCGGAACUCUUGGAAUGCCCGGAAAUACGGCUUACUUCGGUCUGACGGAGAUCCUGCAUCCGGUGGCUGGCGAGACCGUACUGGUGAGCGGAGCGGCGGGGGCGGUGGGGAACGUCGUGGUGCAGAUAGCCAAGAUCAAAGGUUGCAAAGUCAUCGGCUUUGCAGGAGCAGACGAUAAGGUCGACUGGCUCAGGGAAAUCGGGGCGGAUCACGCCUUUAACUACAAGAAAGUCAAAGUAGGCGAGGCACUCCGUCAGGCUGCUCCGGAGAAGAUCAACUGCUAUUUCGACAAUGUCGGAGGAACAUUCACUGCGGCUGUAAUGCCCCACAUGGCCUUCGGCGGGAGAGUGGCAGUGUGUGGCGCCAUUUCCGGGUAUAACAAGCAGGAGGAGGAGGAAGAGGGUGCUAUGACAGGUUGCUUUAAGGAUUCCGACGUGCUGUGGAACUGUCUGCGCAUCCGAGGCUUCAUGUUUUUCGAGUUUGCCGACCGUUGGAUGGAAGGCUUGGAGCAGCUGAGGGACUGGGUCUUGGAGGGGAAGCUGAAGUAUAAGGAGCACGUCGUUAAUGGCUUCGAGAAAAUGCCAGACACUUUUAUUGGUGUGUUGAAAGGAGACUACCGGGGAAAAGCUGUUAUAGUGCCAUAGAUCAUUUUUUUUCUCUCUCUCUUUUUUUAACAGCUGGUAUACGGAUUCUAUAUCAUUAUGGGAUUUCGAAAGAUGCAUAUGCCAGUGUUACUGAAAGUAUUAAUUGUGAUUCCAGUGUAAUUUAGCUGCAAAAAAAUAAGAAUGUAAUCGUCUUUCCUUUGUAAAUUUAUAUCCCGAAAGGGAGACUUUAUCCCUUGUCAUUGUUACUGCCUUACUGGUUAUAUUAUAAUAGAUAUAAAUUUCACAAGUAAUCAAAACAGCAAUAAAAUUCUCAAGACAAGAUAUGCAUAGAUAUCUCCUAUCAUUUCAAGUCCCUCUUGACCACAAAACAAAAGGGCAGGCAAUCCUACACACCCCAAGGCAAUAUCAAACAUGACGUCAUUCCCUGUAUUCUCCCGAGGCUAGAUGUUUCACUGAAUUCUGUGCUGUUUCUAAUUACAUCGCAAACUCCUGUAUCUGAGUAUGGACUUCCCUUUCAAUAUAUAUUUUUAUCUGUUUUUUUUUGUUCAUUCAAAGAUGGGGUAUUUUUCGGCUCGUGAUUAUUUAUUGUCAAAGUAUUCUACGAUCAUCGAAUCGAUAGAAAUACAAGUUUUAAACCUGUAUGUACGCAUAACCUUACGUUGCUGUCACUGCAAAAGGCGCCAGUCAUGCUAAACUUAGCAGUGUUUACCACUUUACACACGUCUUAAUCUUUCAAACGACGAUUAUUUGCCCCCAAAAAUGUUUCUCGGCAUUUGAAAGUUAGUUAUUUUUAAUGUUCACAUUCAUUGAUCCUUAGAAAUUUGUGCAACUGCUAUUUUUUCAAAUUGUUCUUUAUAAUACUAGAUAUGUAAUUAGGCUGAGAUACCCUUUAGCGUGUAUUAAUGACUGGAUAACUAAAUACAGCAAAUUAAAUGAA